AUGCCCGCCGUCAUGCAGUGCGUCCCGACCAUCACGGCGUCAUUCCCCAUCAAGCGGCCGCCGAGCAAACCUGCCUCAAAGAACAAGAGCGACCUUGACAUCAUCGACAUCCGUAGCAACAGGGACGAUUUCAAUCUCAAAGAUGAAGUUGCUCGCAUGAUCAACCCCAAGGAUGGAGGCGCCCGCAAACUCCCGACGCUGUUGUUGUAUGAUGAGAGGGGGCUGCAGUUAUUUGAGGAUAUCCUGAAUCAUCUGUUUGACUCUAUCCCCCCUCUUCUUCCGCCCCCUCUCCUCCCGAGCUGCUUCUCCCAAACUUAUAUCUUCCGCCAGAUCACGUAUCUGGACGAGUACUACUUGACAAACUACGAGAUCGAGCUGCUGAAGACGCAUUCGGUCGAGCUUGCGGCCAAGAUUCCCGAUGGAGCCAUGGUGAUUGAGUUGGGGAGCGGCAAUCUCCGCAAGGUCUGUCUCCUCCUGCAGGCGUUCGAAGAUGCCCGCAAAUCCAUCGACUACUACGCUCUGGACCUCUCCAAGAAGGAGCUGGGGCGUACGCUAUCACACGUUCCUGACUUCAAGUACGUUCGCUGCCACGGCUUACUGGGGACAUAUGACGAUGGCACAGUCUGGUUGAAGCAGCCUUCUAUAGUGGACAGGCCAAAGUGCAUCCUGCAUCUGGGAUCCAGCAUUGGAAAUUUUCACAGAGAUGAAGCUGCUGAGUUUUUGCAGUCGUAUGCGGAUAUCUUGAAGCCCCAAGACAGCAUGGUCGUUGGCCUGGACUCUUGCGGGAACCCUGACAAGAUUUACCACGCUUAUAAUGACACCAAAGGCGUAACUCAUGAAUUCAUCCUCAAUGGACUCAUAAAUGCCAACCGCAUAUACGGUAAAGAAGUGUUUCACCUGCCAGACUGGAAGGUCGUCGGAGAAUACGUCUACGAUGAGGAGGGCGGCCGCCACCAGGCCUUCCUGUCUCCUCUCCAGGAUGUCAACAUCCUUGGAUCAGUAAUCAAGCCCCACGAACGUGUUCAGAUUGAGCAGAGUCUCAAGUACUCCAAAAUUGGUGCUGAAAACCUGUGGAAAUACGCUGGUCUCCGUGAAAUCGGAACGUGGACCCGCGGAGAUGAAUACGGCCUUCAUAUGCUUCAAAAGGCCCAGAUUCCUUUCAGUAAAACCCCCUCGCUCUACGCUGCCCAGACGCUUCCCACCCUGAAGGACUGGCAAGCCGUCUGGUCGACGUGGGAUAUUGUCACGAAGCAAAUGCUGCCCAAGCAGGAACUCACCGAGAAGCCCAUCAAGCUGCGCAACGCAUGCAUUUUCUACUUGGGUCAUAUCCCUGCAUUUCUCGACAUACAGCUCACAAAGACGACGCAACUCCCCCCUACAGAUCCGGCAUAUUACGCUACCAUUUUCGAGCGUGGAAUAGACCCGGAUGUGGACAACCCUGAGCAUUGUCAUGCUCACUCAGAGAUUCCGGAGGAAUGGCCGCCAGUAGAGGAGAUCACAGACUACCAAGGGAGAGUGCGUGCUCGUCUAAGCAAGUUGUACGAGGAAGGGGUUGAGAAGCUCCCUCGCCCCGUGGCACGAGCCAUUUGGGUCGGAUUCGAGCACGAGCUCAUGCACAUCGAGACACUGCUCUACAUGAUGCUGCAGAGCGACAGGACACUGCCGCCGCCUCAUACGGGAACGCCCGAUUUUAAGAGAAUGGCCAGAAAGGCCCAUGAGGCGAGGGUAGGGAACGAGUGGUUCGACGUGCCCGCCCAGAGUGUGACCCUAGGCAUGAAUGAUCCCGAAAGCGGCACAGAGAAUGUUCAUUUCGGAUGGGACAACGAGAAACCAGAGCGAAAGGUCCAAGUUCGCGCUUUUCAAGCCCGAGGCAGACCCAUCACAAACGAAGAAUACGCGCAAUACUUGUACACGACAAACACAUCCAAACUCCCCGCGGCCUGGUCCUCCAACAGCCUUACCAACGGCACCGCCCAUAAAUCUAACGGCACGAAUGGAAAAAACGGGACAAACGGGACAAAUGGCUACAAAUUCAUCCCCACGACCCUACCAGAGUCCUUCCUGCGCGACAAGUCCGUCCGCACCGUGUACGGCCCCGUGCCGCUCAAGUACGCACUCGACUGGCCCGUCGUCGCGUCCUACGACGAACUUGCCGGCUGUGCGUCCUGGAUGGGCGGCCGGAUCCCGACAUUCGAGGAAGCACGCAGCAUUUACGCCUUUGUCGAGAGUCAGCGGGAGUUGCUGAUGGGCGGGCGACUUUCCAGAAAGGUUCCCGCAGUGAACGGACAUCUCUCCAACGACGGUGUGGAAGAAACACCACCAUCGUCAUGCCCCUCCGCGGUCGACAAUAGCACCUCGCUAUUUGUCGACCUGGCCGGCACAAACGUCGGCUUCAAACACUGGCACCCGGUGCCUGUGACUUCCCAAGGCAACACCUUGGCUGGGCAGUCCGGCAUGGGGGGCGUCUGGGAAUGGACUUCGUCUCCGCUGCGAAGACACGAGGGCUUCGAGCCGAUGGCGCUGUACCCGCUUUACACGGCGGACUUUUUCGAUGACAAGCACAACAUUGUGCUGGGCGGUUCAUGGGCCACCCACCCCAGGAUCGCGGGCCGCAAGAGCUUUGUGAACUGGUAUCAGAGGAACUAUCCUUAUGCCUGGGUUGGGGCGCGGGUGGUGCGACACGUCGAGUAA